AAACAAGCACCACCGAAACAGAGACGCACCCCUAAAAAAAGCACUUUCCAUCUCUUCUCGUUGCUGGAUCUUCUUGCAGGGGAGGAAAAAGGGCCGGCGAUGGACGGCGGGAAGAAGAGCCGGGACCCGUACAAGCUGCCGCAGGAGCGCAGGGACCGCAAGUCAGGCUCCGGGAUGAGCGGCGACGCCAAGAAGGGCGGCCGUGGCGGCAAGUUCACCUGGGAGGGCGCCGACGGCUACACCGACGAGGAUCUUGACCUCAUCGGCAACAAGGGCAGGGGGACCGGCGCCUCCGACAACAAGAAGUCCUAGGGAGAUGGCGACCCCUCCGACGAGUAGGCGCUACGUCAUCCGUCCCUGCCCGCCCGUCUUCUUCCUGUCCGAUCGAUCCCAAGCCUGCACGGUGUCAACUUUCGUUAGCUUUCUCGUGUCUGUUAUUAAAUAAUACGAUCGAAUCGUGGCCUCUUUGGCAUGUACGUACUAUAUGAUCUAUUUUCAGUUAUCGACUUGCUAAUGCCGGAUGAAUUGUUCUA